CAUGAAUAAUUUUUAAAGCUGUUAUGAAUAUCAAAAAAGUGUUUGCUUUUCAGAAGUAAUUAAUAUAAACAGCAUAGACUAAAUAUAAACUGCAUACAGUGGGAAACACUACAGUAGUAUUGGGAUACUUGCAAGUCUGAAGGAAUGAUAUUUGAAUAUUACACAUUUAUCAUAUACACAAAAUGGCAUUAAAUUGUCACAUAACAGUUACAUUUUACCUUUAUUCUUUGUAUCAUUCCUGUAACUACCUUACUACAGGUGUGGCCCAGAAAACCUUCCCCCUUUAAAUUUUUUCCAGCAAGUAAGAAUCUCUGCAGAUGAGGCGCAAAGGUUGAAGAUGCUGGGUGGUACCUUAUGGAUGCUCACAGUGUGUAUAAAAAUCCUAACCUGAGUUCUUUUUCUGAAAGUGUUGGACGUUACAAUGUGGUGUCAAUAAAGCAAACUGUACCUGUCAUUCAAUUAAAGUGCUUAUAACCUGUUUUAGGCAUGUUUUUGCAAUUUAAAAAUGCAUGCCAUUAUGGCAUUUUUUAUGUAGUCUGAUCAAAGUACAACAUUCCAGAGGCCCAAGAUUUAAGAAGAAUGCAUUCGCAAGGUGUUGCCUAAUGAAUUCUGUGUAUGUUGUGCGAAGAAUGUUCCUAUUCUGCAGUAAAGAUGAAGAGGUAGUCACAUUAUUAAGAACAAGAAGGCAUUAGUACAGAGAUGCAACACGACAACGUGUGAAAUUCUCAGAUGAUAGAGUUUGCAAGAGUCACCUUCUUGGUUGCUGCCCUCAUGACAUUCUUUCUGGAACGCGCAUGGACCUGGGAGAAUGCACAAAGAUUCACGACCUCGCAUUGAGAGCCGAUUAUGAAAUUGCUGCAAAGGAAAGAGAUUUAUUCUUUGAGCUGGAUGCCAUGGAACACCUUGAAAGUUUUAUUGUUGAUUGCGACAGAAGAACAGACAUCGCAAAGAAGCGUUUGGCAGAAACACAAGAAGAGAUCAGUGCUGAAGUAGCUGCUAAGGCUGAGAAAGUGCAUGAACUGAAUGAAGAAAUAGGAAAGCUUUUGGCUAAAGCUGAACAACUUGGAGCUGAAGGAAAUGUGGAAGAAUCUCAAAAGGUCAUGCAGGAAGUAGAAAGAGUGCGCACAAAAAAAAGGGAAGCAGAGGAUGAAUAUAGGAAUUCAAUGCCUGCUUCUAGCUUCCAGCAACAGAAAUUGCGUGUCUGUGAAAUUUGUUCUGCAUACCUGGGUCUUCAUGACAAUGAUCGCCGGCUUGCGGACCACUUUGGGGGAAAACUGCACUUGGGGUUCAUUCAAAUCCGGGAGAAAUUAGAUCACCUGAAGAAAAUUGUUGCAGAGAAACAAGAAAAAAGAAAUCAGGAGCGCUUAAAGAGGAGAGAAGAAAGGGAAAAAGAAGAAAGGAUGAAACGGAAGUCCAGAUCACGUAGCAGGGAUCGCAAGAGAUCCAGAUCACAUGAUCACAGGCGAAAACGCUCAGGUUCCCCUAGUCACGAGCGGCGUAAAUCAAGAUCCAGAUCCAGAGAUCGAGACAGGCGCCGAAGAUACAGGUCCCGUUCACAUAGCCGCAGCAGAGGACAUUGUCGCAGUUCGAGAGACAAAAGCAGGGAGCGGAGUUCAAAGCAUAAGUCUUCAAGGGAUCGAUCUCCUAGGGAAAAAUCAAGAGAUAAGGAUCGAAAGGAGAAGAGUUCUUCGGAAAGAAAACAUGAGAGUACAAAUGGAAAGUCAGAAUUAAAUACAGCAAGUCCAGAAGAAAGGGAAGCUGGUGAAAUCUGAAUUAUUGACUGAACCAAAAUAGUUAAUGUAAAACUGUAAAUCUGAAAACAUUCUUACAAUCUUCUUUGAAUUUUCCCAUGUUUAUCUAUGAUUUCUGCCAUUUAAAACUUCAUUUUGGCAGAGAAGAUAUUAGGUUUUUGUAGCUGUAGAUACACUUGUUUUCCAGUAGUGUUACAACUUAUCUUCUGAUGCAGAUAAUUUAUAAAUAUUAAAAUAAGUGAGUACAUAUGUUUUUUUUUAAAUAAAGGUUAUCUUUUAAACUAGCAUGGAAGAAAGCAACUUUAAGCUUUCCCAAGUACAAUACCUGUCUAGUGAUUCAGUAGUUUGGUCUCCACUCUCUAAGAACAGAAUAAAUUCAUGUCUGCCUAAUGGGAUCUGUGGUCUUUGGAACUGGGUAUCUAGCUGCAUAAGGGGGGGUUGAUUUCAGUUGGAGUUCUCCCACUCCUUUGGUGCAACUUCAGUUGAAGAGCCACGGAAACAAUGUAAAUGGCAUUUCUGCUGUUUCUCGAUGUUUCUUUGGCUCUUCUAUCGAAGUUAAAGCAGACAGGUGAGGGGGAGAAAAAAAUCCUGUGAAUUUUCAUUAGCCUUUUCAUUUGAAGAGAAACCUGAUAAUUUUGUGAACCUAACUUUUUCAGUCUGAAACCUAAUUGGUGUGUCAUGGUUCUGGGCAUUUGUGUGAGCCUCCAAAUUGUGAUGCGGUAAAGGCUCUAGUGAAGUUGAAGAUAAAUAGACAGUGAAUUUGCUUUGAGGUGCAAUUUGUGUAAUGAAAAAUUCAAUUGUUUCUUAGGUGUGUAAUUUUUGAGGAAGAAUAACUUCUGCAUAUAAAGCAACUAUCAUUUGAAGUUGCAAACUAUCAGAAAAACUGGUUGAGAUCAGGAGUUAUCACUAGAGCCUGCUUUUACACCACCAUUUUGCACUGCUUUGAAGUUGUUUCUGGUGAGUAUUGUGAUGAGGAUGGUAAUGUAAAUCAGGUUCUUAGUGCACGUAAGUUGGGAGUGACUAAACUUGGGUGACUGUAUCAAUUGGAAUUCACACCAUGUGACAUUUAGCUCCAGUCUCGUUCAAAGCCACGUUUUGAAGUGCCCUCAUGGUUCAUUGACACUUCAUAAAUUUAUUUGAAAUCCUUUUAUUACGAAAGAAGCUAUACUCCUGCCUGCACCCUUCUAAAAUUAAAAGCUAGCCAGUCAGGAGCAUGGCUCAAUGUAAUCCACAGCAAAAUGCAGUUUGCAUCAGGUCUGCUAGCAGUGCAUAAUCCUCUAUUUGUACCUGUGGCAAAUGUAAUAAGAUGGCAGUAAACAUUAUUUGUACCACCUACAAAAGUCAUGAUUUUAAAUGAAUUUAUUUAUGGAAAUAUAAAAAUGGAGAGUUUCAACUAAUCCCAACAAAACUUUAUAUUUCUUCUACUGCUCACAAGACUUAAUUGUUGCAUGCUCAAAAUCAGUGGCAACAGCCAUAAAAUUCCUGUUACUGAUUCUAGUGUUCUGUUUAUUGUAGCAAUUUCAGAAACAUUUGGGGUGUUCUUCUCCGACUUUACUGAUAAUUUUAGGGGAGUCUUAGUGUGGUAAAUAUCAAUUUUGUUUUAGGGUUUUAGAAUUUACAUUUAACAAGUUACAAGAUAGAAUUGCUUUGGUUAGUGGAAGUAAAUUAAGAGAUAGCAGCUCUUAUAGGACUGUGGGUUAAGCAUCAGUAAAACCUACAUGCAAUUUGUUUUUGUUUUACAUUUUUCAAAAAUUACAAAGAGGAUGAAAUGAGUUUCUUUCCAGCAAUUUGUCCUUUGUUCCCAUCAAUAGAAACAUUCCAAUUGCAGUUUGCAAAAUGAGACAACAAAGAAAAAACAUUGUAUCAUUUUUAAACAUACAAUCCCUUAAUGAAACUUAUCUUCAAUAAAGGAAAAUGAUUAGAUUCACAUCAUUAUUUUCCUCAAUCUUACAAAGUUAUACAAAUAUUUUGGAUAUUGUGUCUGAAAAUGUUGGUCGUUACUUGAAGAAUGCUAUUCAAAAAUACACUUACUGGAAUACAGUGUGGGCAUUGCUUUUUAAAUUGUUUCAGGGUGCAAAGCAGAGAAUUUAAUCCUUAUUUUGCUGUGCAUACUUGUUUUUUUAAGAUUUGAUUUUGAUAUAUAAAGUGCAUCAAUUCUCUUC